ACUGGCCGCGCGUCACCAGUAAUUACUUCCUACGCGAGAACUACUGUCCGGUGCUCGUUCCCGUUCGGUGUGUCCCGAGUGAUGCCGGAAUCGCUUUGGACUGAAGAACAACCACAAUGGCAGAAGCCCACCAGGCUGUGGCAUUCCAGUUUACAGUUACACCAGAUGGUAUUGACCUUCGAUUAAGCCAUGAGGCUCUUAAACAGGUCUACCUCUCUGGGCUACGAUCCUGGAAGAAGAAGCUUGCUCGCCUCAAGAAUAGUUUUAUUACUGGUGUCUAUCCUGCCAGUCCUUCAAGCUGGCUGUUUGUGGUGAUUGCCAUCAUGGGAACUAUGUACGCUCGUGUGGACCCAUCUAUGGGGAUGAUUGGCAAAAUCAAAGAACAUCUGCCAGUCAGUAGCUACCUAUCUCACCAGGGGCAGAGCAUUAUCAGCGCUCUUCUCUUCUCUACGGGUCUGUGGUUUGCACUUAUCAUGACCAUGCGUUACAUCCUGAAGCAGCUCUUAUCCUACCAUGGCUGGAUGUAUGAUCAACAUGGCAAGAUGUCCGCCACCACCAAGCUGUGGCUGACUUUGGUGAAGAUAUUCUCAGGCCGUACGCCUAUGCUGUACAGCUACCAAGCGUCACUUCCUCGCCUUCCUGUACCAGCAGUUAGGGACACAAUGCAAAGGUAUUUGGAGUCUGUAAGACCUCUGAUGAAUGAUGAGGAAUUCAAACGCAUGACGGCAUUGGCCAAAGAUUUUGAAGUGAAGUUGGGUCCUAAGCUGCAGUGGUACCUGAAGCUGAAAUCCUGGUGGGCAUCUAACUAUGUUAGUGAUUGGUGGGAAGAAUAUAUUUAUUUGCGUGGAAGAGGCCCUAUUAUGGUUAAUAGUAACUAUUAUGCAAUGGACUUCUUGUAUGUGACACCAACCCCAGUCCAGGCAGCUCGUGCAGGUAACACCGUCCAUGCUCUGCUUCUCUACAGACGUAAGCUUAGCCGAGAGGAACUUAAACCGAGCAGGGUCCCAGGAUCUAUUAUCCCGCUGUGCUCGGCCCAGUGGGAACGCGCCUUUAACACCACCCGCUUACCUGGAGAGGAGACUGACACCAUCCAACACCACUCUGACAGUAAACACAUAGUGGUGUAUCACAAGGGGCGCUUCUUCAGAGUCUGGGUUUACCAUAGCGGACGUUUGCUGAACCCUAAGGAGCUUGAGCUGCAGUUCCAGCAAAUUCUAGAUGAUACUAGCCCUCCUCUGCCUGGGGAGGAGAAACUAGCUGCUUUAACUGCCGGGGAGAGGACCGUGUGGGCCAAAGCUCGUAAAGCAUACUUCCGCAGUGGGAAGAACCUCCAGUCAUUGGAUAUGGUGGAGAAAGCAGCCUUCUUUGUCACCUUAGAUGAAAGCGAGCAGGGACUUCGCAGUGAAGAUCCAGUGAAUUCAUUGGAUGCCUAUGCAAAAUCUCUAUUACAUGGGCAAUGCUAUGACAGGUGGUUUGAUAAAUCAAUUUCCUUCAUUGUCUUUAAAAAUGGAAAAGUUGGAGUGAAUGCUGAACAUUCAUGGGCAGACGCGCCCAUUGUUGGACAUCUGUGGGAGUCUAUGUUGGCUACAGACUGCUUUCAGCUUGGAUACAAUGAAGAGGGACACUGCAAGGGCCAGGCUGACCCGUCAGUGCCUUUGCCACAGCGGAUGCAGUGGGAAGUCUCUGAAGAGUGUCAAGAAGUCAUACAGAGCUCCCUGAAAAUGGCCCAGUCUAUAGCAGAUGAUGUUGACUUCCAUACAUUCCCCUUCAAAGAGUUUGGUAAAGGUUUAAUAAAGAAGUGCAAAACCAGUCCUGAUGCUUUUAUCCAGAUCGCUCUACAGCUCGCUCACUACAGGGACAAAAGAAAAUUCUGCCUAACAUACGAAGCAUCCAUGACUCGACUUUUCCGAGAAGGAAGAACAGAAACCGUACGUUCAUGCACUGUAGAAUCAUCAAGUUUUGUAAAGUCAAUGAUGGAUCCAACAAAAACAGAUGUGGAAAGGCUAAAACUCUUUAGAAAAGCAGGAGAUAAGCAUCAGUUACUGUACAGAAAUGCGAUGACUGGGGCCGGACUUGAUCGACAUCUGUUUUGUCUGUAUGUAGUAUCGAAAUACCUUGGAACGGAUUCACCUUUCUUAAGAGAGGUGCUGUCUGAACCAUGGCGUCUCUCUACUAGCCAGACUCCUAUCCAGCAAGUGGAACUUUUUGAUUUAGUAAAUCAUCCAGAAUAUGUCUCGUGUGGAGGUGGAUUUGGUCCGGUGGCCGACGAUGGAUAUGGAGUCUCCUACAUUAUAGUUGGUGAAAAUCUGAUCAACUUCCAUGUGUCCAGCAAGUUUUCCAGCAGUGAGACGGAUUCCCACCGAUUUGGCAAGCACAUUCGAGAAUCUCUGCUUGACAUUCUGAGUCUGUUCAAGCUGGAGAAUAAGUAGAAUGGUUUUCUGCUAUCCUGCCAGCCUUUCAAACAUCUAUGAGUUACCUUCAAGGAGCAAGAAAAAAAAAAUGCAAAUGAACUGAUCCAGAUACAGGGACCAUUGUUUUGCAUCUCAGCCACAAACAACCUACAAUAAUCCGGACUGCAUGAUGAGUAUGGUCUAGCACUGCCUUACAUGUAUGAUCCUACAUGUAUUCAAGUAGCAGUACAAUCACAACAGAAGAACAAUCUGUCACAAAUGUUCAUUUGUCGGGUUUUUUGUAUACAGGGAACAAUGUACAAAGAGAAAUACACGUAUAACUCAGAGAGUCCCUGAGUUUAAUUGCUUACACAAGCAUACUUCUGAUGAUUGAUGUAUGACGUGCAAUGUAAACGAGCAUCUUGCUGGAGGUGCUGGAGAUCGGAUGAGUUCUGUGCGUGAGCUGGUGCCUUAUGUGUUCUGUGCAAGUUAAUGGCUUGUUAUUGUGAAGUGUAAUGCAAUGCAAUGCAAUAUUUUUUCCUAGUUAUCA